AUGCAAAAUGGACAUGAACCCGACGAUAUCCAAAAAAGGUGCCAACAACUUAGUAUCCAAGCCCCAAUGGGAGGCUUGAUCAGAGCUGCAAGAACGGAUCGAAGCGUGGCAACUGCUAUUGCUGCCAAGAUUGGAUACUUGUUUGUGUACGAUGAUGGGUUUCAAGAAUUACAGUUGGUUCAAUCUUAA